UGAGGCCAUUGUCGCAUAAAUAGCAUCACCUUUGCGACCAGGAAAUCAGAAAAAUACGUAUAUAUUCAAAUUUAAUAAAAAUCAGGAAUGAUCCAAACAGUUUAACAAAGUAAAAAUCGUUCAGUGAGUGCGCAAUAUCACCUGAAACUGAGUGGGACUCAACAGCCAAUCACAUCGCACCUUUCAGUUAUAGCGCUUAGCAACGCAUGCGAAUUCAGCGAAUCAUGCUUCUUUUUGCAUUCAUCGCAAUUUUCCUCCUCGCACAUGGCGGAGCAAAGUGACAGUGAAACUGAACCUCGUGACCAGUCGGCUGCUUGUUUGCCUCGAAAACGUGUCAAACGAGUGUUCAAUGAAGCUUGGAAAUCUAAAUGGACAUGGCUAGAACACAAAGACAACCAUAUGUUUUGCACACUAUGUGUAAAAAGCCAAAAAAAGAACGUUUUUACCGAAGGCUGUAGCAACUUCAGAACCACGACUUUGGAGCGGCAUGCUUCAGCAGCUGACCAUCGCCAGUCGGUACAAGAUGAAAUCUCAAGGUCAACUCUAUCGAGAAUGGUAAGAAAUCAGUUUAGUGAGAACGACAGUGCCAUAAUCCAUGCUCUACGAACAAUAUAUUUCUUGGCAAAGCAGGACAUAGCAACAUCCAAGUACCCAGAUUUUGUUGAUUUUUUGAUACAGCAAAGCUGCAGUGCUCUUGCGCCAAUUGCAAAAAGCUGCCAAUCCUACACUAUUACCAAAGACUUUCAAGAGAGUAUAUACGAAGUGAUUCUCCGAGAUGUGAGAAAAAAGCUGACAGAUGCCGAUGCCGACUAUAUCUCUGUGCUUUGUGAUGAAUCAUGUGACAUUACUAGUACAAAAAAACUGAGUGUGUAUGCGAGGAUAUCAUCAGGCUGUAAACCAGAGACCAUUUUCUUAGAGAAUUGUGAAAUACUGGAUGGGAAAGCAGACACCAUUGCAACAUCUGUCAAAAAUCUCCUGACAAAGUUUGAAGUGCCGCCUGAUAAGGUAGUAGGACUAGGAAGUGACGGUGCAUCGGUUAUGACCGGAAAACACAAUGGAGUCAGUACAAGACUAAAAAGAGAAAUAAAUCCACAGCUCAUUCAACUGCACUGCAUUGCUCACCAACUUGCACUGGUGUCUAGCCAAGCAGCCAAUGGAGUGCCAUAUUUGAAGACCUACCAGGAGUUCAUGACAAAUAUCUACUACUGGUUCAAACACUCCGCCAAGCGCAUUAGUGGACUGGCUUCUCUACAGGAUGUAUUAGAUGCUCCCAAGAUCAGGAUAAAUACAUUCUGUCCGUUGGUUUAGCUUUUAGAACAGUCUAGAUGCAUUGUAUCGCUCUUGGCAAUCUUUGGCAAUGUUGUUUGAGCAAUGUUCAUGAGAAAUGCCUUUGUCGUUUUGCUUUAAACACACCAAGAGCACUUCUAAAGUCAAAAUCCUGAGAAAGGGGGCCAUUUAGUUUUAUGGCGAUCAACAUUUGUAAAUUUUCACUGAUCAGUCUAUUUCUAAGGCUAGAUUUGAUUAUAUUUUGAGCACUAAAGCCACGUUCUACGUCUGCAGUAUGCACUGGGAGGGCAAGUGCUAUGCCAGCCAAUUUGCACAAGUUAAGGAAAAUCUUAUGAAAUACGUUGAUAAUUGCCUAGAGUUCUUUCAUACUGUCACAACUGUGUUUGCCAGGACCAAUUCCUUCAGUAUUGCCCAUUCCUGUUUGACCACAUUGCCAUCAACAUACUUGUCAUUUGUGGUGUAAUGACGUUACAUUACUUUAUUGACAUUACUACAUUGACAUGACAUUAAUAAUGUCACUUCUGGUAAUCAUGCCUAAGAGUGUUUCAAGGAGCAAAUGUUUUUUUUUUUUUUUAAGAAUAAAACUUGUUUUAAAGA